AACGCAUUGAACUCCUCAGACAUGGCCCGUCUCCAAUGGGGAUCUUUGAUUGCUUGAGACACACAAGUGGGUUCAGGUGAAGGGAGUGGGGAGGCCAUGGUUGCAUGAUGUAAGGUCUUUGGUUUAAAGAUGUUGUUUUGAGAGCGGGUGACCAUGGGAUGAGUCCGUAUAGGCGGGGGAGGCGAUGGUGGUGAGAGGUUAUGAGAAGUAGCGUGGUUGGUGGAUGUAGGAGGAGAGGAGUCCAGUUCAGCUAUGGUGGGGUUGACGGUAGGGGUGGAGGUUGGACAGGGGCUUUGAGUGGGAGAAUGAGGUGUGGAGGUAGGAGUCGACGGAGUGAUUGGGGAGUGAGGAUCGGCUGGUUCGGUGGACACAGGGACUACCGCAUGAUGGGGAACUGGAGCACAAGGAGGCAACAUUGUGCGACCAACAGCUGGGCGGUGGCAAACCAUGUCAUUGGGAACUGGCUGUGCAGAGAAGUCAUGAGGAAAGGAGGAAUCAGAAAAGCUGUGGGUGGUGGAAUUGGAGAGAGAGUUUUGUAGAAUAGGAGUAUGAUAGGGAAAGUGGUUUUCAUUGAAAAUGACAUGUCGUGAAUAAAAAAACUUUCCAGAAUGAAUGUCAAAACAUUUG